GUGCAUUAAGACCCUCAGCACUUACCACUGCCAAAAAAAAAUCGGAGUUCCCGGAAAAUGAUGUUAAAUCCGAUAGAAAACAAUUCCAGGUGAAAACUAUAGAAGGAAACCCACCCAGAUUUCAUCCUUCAUACCUCUGUGAUCUCCUCCAGAGAAGUACGAAAUACAGUACGUCUGUUGGAAUCAUCAGCUCUCAUCGAUUAUCCCAGGCCCGCCUGCUGCCAAUCAACCCGUCAAUUUUCAGCAACAGCACCUGCAGCAGUCAUUCCGUGCUAAAUUAUCCUCAGGAAAUCAGCGUUUAAAUUGCCCAAAUUUGUCCCUUUUACUCGUACAUGGAUGGGAUGUCUUUGCGCCAAAGACAAGGACGUGGAAGAGAGUUCAGUGCCUCAGCAGGUUCCAGCUCGGGACCUGGAUUUUCUCAUGAGAGCCACCAGCUUUCCAGAGGAGACCAUCGUGGAGUGGUACAACUUUUUCAUACUCCAAUGUCCAUCCGGUCAGAUGAACAAGGAGCAAUUCGUCAUCAUUUACGAGCUCUUGUUUCCGAAGUCGAAUGCCAAGGACUUUUGCAAUCAUUGCUUCAAGACGUUUGACCGAGACAACUCGGGUUAUAUCGACUACAGUGAAUUUCUGCAGGCCCUGAACCUCUACACCUCGCAGUCUGUGGAUGACAAGCUGGCCUGGACAUUUCAGUUCUACGACGUGGAUGGCAAUGGGAGAAUUGAGCGGGAAGAGCUGGAAAUGGCCAUUGAAAUGAUGAUGACCAUGCGAGGUGAGACUGGAGAAGCUGGAGAAACGGCGCAGCAAAUCGCUGAUCGGAUUUUCCGCAAUAUGGACGUCAACAAUGACGGGUACCUGAGUGAAGAGGAAUUCAUGCAGGGUUGCAUGACUGAUAAAAAGCUCUUUCAGCUCCUGGUGCGAUGACAAAGUCGAUCCCAUAAAACCCUCCCCACCCUUCCAAGAUGAAUGUUCCAGUUUUCCUGUACUUUUCUUGCAUGCUUUAUUUGUGAAUGUAUUUUGUUCUUUCGCAAAUAAACUGAUUGUCUUCAA